UGUUGCCAGCUGGGGCCCUCGACGAUCGAUCGUUCCCGCGAAGAAGCAGACGAAAGCGAAAGCAAAAGAGACAAAACAGCUGGAACUGUUCGGGGGAUCGACAGUUGGGGAAAACUUUGUCCGGAAUGCAGCAGCUGUUGAGGGUCGCUUUGACGCUAGGUCAACGCACGGGCAGCGUGUGGAAUGCCAGCCAGUGCAGAGGAAUUGCCAGCCUGGCCGCUCUCUCCGAGACGCACCAGAUACUGCAGAAAACAUGCCGGGAUUUCGCCAAUGCAGAGCUGGCUCCACGGGCCCGGCAUCAUGAUCGCGAGCAGCUGCACCCCGCAGAGCAGAUACGACGGCUGGGAGAGCUCGGCCUAAUGGCGGUGACAGUGCGUGAAGAGUACGGUGGCUCCGGACUCGACUACCAGGCCUAUGCCAUUGGCAUGGAGGAGGUUGCUCGUGGUGAUGCGGCCGUUUCCGUUGCGAUGGGCGUCAACAACCUCUUCUUGGGCGCCGUGCAGCUCCAUGGAAGCGAGCAGCAGAAGCAGGACUUCCUGGUGCCCUACACUCAGGGCGAGAAGAUUGCCUUCUAUGCUCUGUCUGAGCCGGGAAACGGAUCGGAUGCCAGCGCCGCCAGCACCACAGCUAAGCUGGAUGGGGACAGCUACGUGCUGAACGGAACCAAGGCAUGGAUAUCCAACUCCAAGGAAGCGAGUGGCGGCGUCGUCUUUGCCACCAUCGACAAGACGCUGAAGCACAAGGCCAUAACGGCCUUCCUUACAGCCAAAGAUGUGCCCGGUCUGUCCGUAGCCAAGAAGGAGAGCAAGAUGGGCAUGCGAGCCUCGUCCACGUGCCAGCUGGUGCUAGAAGACGUCCAAGUGCCGCAGUCCCAGGUGCUGGGAGGACGCGGAGAGGGCUUCAAGAUUGCCAUGCAAUCGCUGGACUGCGGUCGCAUCGGAAUCGCGGCGCAGGCCACGGGCAUAGCUCAGGCCGCUCUGGAACUGGCCGUGGACUACUCCCAGAAGCGUGUUGCCUUUGGCAAGCAGCUCUCGCGGAUGCAGCUGAUCCAGCAGAAGCUGGCAGACAUGGCCACGAAGGUGGAGGUGUCCCGGCUGCUAACCUGGCGAGCCGCCUGGCUCAAGGACAACGGUUUUCCCAUCACCAAGGAGGCCGCGAUGGCCAAGCUGCAUGCCUCCGAGGCGGCCACCUACUGCGCCCACCAGUGCAUCCAGAUCCUCGGCGGAAUGGGCUAUACAACCGAUUUGCCCGCAGAGAUGUACUACCGCAACGCUCGCGUCACAGAGAUCUACGAGGGAACCUCCGAAAUCCAGCGAAUUGUGAUUGCCAAUGCGGUGCUCAGGGAACUGGGCAAUGAGUGAUGAUUUUAUUUGCAUUUAUUUUCAACCAAAUACACUGCCCAUAGGCUAUGGGGGUUAAUUAA